CAAUAUGGAUGAUCGUUGGAUAAUUUGAUACUACCUUUAAAAUCUAUCUAGAUCUAGAAUUAUAAAGACAAUGCCUAUGCUUUACUUGGUUUAAACUUCUGCUGCUAAAAUACUAGAUCUAUAGAUCUACAUCUAUAAAAGUACAAGACAAAAGCAGCAGUGCUACCUGUGUACUAUACGUGAUGUCUUGGAGGGAUACCCAGAUGACAGAAUCCUAUCUCAACACAACUGAAACAGUGUUGGCCGUCAACCAAGAGCAUGAUGGAUCCAGUAAUAGUAAUGUGCUGUUAAUCAUUCUCCUGCCAAUUACUGCUUUGAUCUGUGUUGCAGUUGUUAUUGGUGUGAUUGUCUGGAUGCUGAAAAGAAGCAGAAUGGAUAAAUUACGUCACCACUUGAUGCCCCUGUACAGCUUCGAGCCAUCAGAUAGCAGUCAGGAUUGGGAAACAGAUUUAUUGACUCAAGAAAUUCGACUCAGGAAUAGUACCAGCCCGCCAAGUUCUCCGAUAUUGAAACUAAACACCAUGCACUCCGAGCUGUAGCAAACAUUUAAGUUACACAUUCUGUACCAAGUCUUCUAACAAGAGUCCAUCUGCUUUAGGUAGUUGCAUGCCUCAAUUGUUAUACGGUGAAUCAUCUUAAGGCAACUGCUCUAUUCAGCUCCAUGCGAGACCAACCUAAUGGAUAGUGUUGAGUUACAGAACAGUUUGAGACCUAGGACCUACUGGUGUUCACUGAAGUUAUAACAUGUUACAAAUCUCUCAAGGCUCUUCCAUCAAAUUGAAUUCUAGUUUUGGCUUUUAUAGUUUUGGUUUAUAGAUCUGAACUUAGACAAACUGAAUGCACUUUGUACUUAACUCUGUACAUAGCCAAACUGAUUGUACUUUUGGUACUUAACUCUGUACUUAGACAAACUGAAUGUACUUUGUGUACUUUAACUCUGUACUUAAUGCAACCUCAACUCAGUAUUUUAUUUAUUUUAUUUUGUAUGCACCUUUUAUGUGCAAUGUGAGUAUUUUUUUUUUAUUUUUUUUUUAUAUAAAUCAUUUCAGUAUCAGAGCUAUUAAAACAUAUUUUAAGUAUAUUAAAUUUUUUUAAAGACAUUGUGCAUAUGACAAGGGUUCAAGAAUUAGAAAGUAAAAUAUAUGAACCACAGUCUCAGCAAUGUAAAAUAUUUUUAUUUUUGAGAAAAAAAGCUUGUUCUGAAAAUUUGAGUGUCUUAUUAAACAUUUACAUUUUUAAAUAGGUUUACAAUUUUUAUAAUAAAUUUGGCCAAAUCUGUAGCUGUGUAUUACGAUACGUUUUUCAACAUUUUCAUUGCCAUCAUCAGUUGUAUCUUGAAAAGUUCACAUUGUUUUGUGUUGAAGCAUCUUAUUAUCCAUUUCGCCUAAACCAUUAAGUACGUUAAGUUACACUUAAAACCAUAAUGGACGUAAUGUUACACAUAAACCCAUAAUGAAUGUAACAUUACACGAAGAUCAAACUUAAUGUGCAAACAUUUUUUAUCUACAUCUUGAUUCUAGUCUUUACUUUUAUUUACAAUAUCUAGUUCAGUGAUUUCUCGCUACGCUUCAGCUUCCACUACUCCAGGGUUUUAUAAGAAACUAGCCGGUCAUUGCCAGCGGCCUGCGGACCUUAUUUUGGGGGUUACUAAUCUAUGUCAAAAUUGUACCUUUCAAUUUCUUUCGACAUGAAAGUAGAUUGUAGAAAUGAGUUGAUCUGCUAAGCCAACAUAUUCAUAUCAAAUAUAAAAUACUGUGAAAAACGGUUUGCCUGAGUUGUCUAAAAUGUUUCGCCCUUUAAUAGAGAUAAAUUUUGGCAUUUUCUUGUAUUUUUGUUCCACUCCACCCCCUCCCCCGUUGUGGGAGGACAUUAAAGGUAGACAGCGGUCUCUAGUACCAUUUAUGCCAAGGGUUAUCCAAACUGGUUUAACCUUUUGAUUUCUAUGCGGGACAUACAUACAUACGUCUUACUUUGUGCUUUAUAUAUCAGAUUAAUGGGAAAACAUACAUACUUACUUUUUUUAUUUUUGUUUGAUUUUCCAUGAAAUUCAAUCAGUGGGAAAAAAAUACUUUAUAUAUGUAUUUAUAUAUUAUAUAUAUGUAAUGAUUUUCACAUUAAAAAAUCUCAAAAUGUAUGAAAAUGUAUUGCUAAUGUUAAGUCUAACGUGAGAUGUGAGAUGCUACACGCAUGCUCAAAAUUGUAGACAACCCACUUUUGGUUUCUAGUUUGUCUAGUAUACCAGCCCUUGAUUGUCUCAGUACAGUGAUAUUCUUGCAAGAGAGACAGAUAAAGAUCUGUUACUUUAUUGUUCAAUUUUGUCUACUGUAUGUAUGUACAUUGCAGCACAUAGGUUCAUGUAGGAUGAAAUUGGGGGGUGAGGAGGUUGGUGGUUAUGAAGCUUAAAUAUAAUAUAUAAAUACUUUAAUAAAUAUACCAUUUCUACUUUGCAGAGAUCAGUUAUGGCGGGUGGUUCUGGUACGCAUGGCCCGUGAUAAAUGAGGAAUCACUGUAUAAGUUUAUUGUUUGGCAGUGUGGGUGCAUUCCAUUUGUUGACUUUCCCCACAAAGUCAUAGUAAGCUCAGGUUUUUAAUCAAAUUAUUUCCUAUGCUUCUAAUUAGUUUAAAAUAAUUUUGUUCUUAAAUUUACAUAUCAUAAAGCAAUAGAUCUCAUAUUUAUGUUUUUGGGUCUUACCUUUUUUUUUUGUUUAUAUUAAUGAUCCAAAUUAUUCUUUGUAAAUUUUGUGUUUGCCUGAGAGUUGAAACAAGGGAGAUUAUUUUUGCGUACAUCAUCUAUAAGUCAUUAUACUAUGAAGUACUUUUCACCCCCUGCUAACCACAUCAUCAGCACAGAGAAUCUUGUUGAAGAGUUUUGGUCACAAGUCAAUCCUCUAUUAGAUACUAUCACCAAGACUGAGGGCCUUUAAAUACCAUUAGAAAUUUAUUGUUUUGCAUGGUGUGAUCAUUGGUCAAAAUAUAUAAAUGUAAACACAUGUAUAUAAAUACCAUGGAGCUUAUUUAUCCAAAUAGUCCUACAGGGAAUAGCUUUACAGUCUAGUUUUUAGACGUUUCUGUACUCUCAAAACAGUUUUAAAUUUUUUUUUUCAUUUUUAUGAUUUUCCUAGUCAAUCCAAAUGAUGCAUUUAAAUGGUACCUAAAUGUCUUGUACCUUAUUCACAUGUACAAACCUAAAUGUCUUCUUUUUGAAGUAACGUCUAUAUCAUAUAAAAAAUAAUAUAACAUUUUUCAUGUGUACAAAGUAUUUCGUGUAUGUCAUUUGUAUUUUGUGUGUUGUGUUUUUCAUAUGAUUUUGUAUUCCUUAGUAUUACUAUACUAGUAAAGUUAAGUUGCUCUUUCAGACCUUGCGAGUAGGACAAUAAUUAUAAAUUUGGCCUUGUAUUAAAGUGUUCUGCUUGAAAAUGUUUUGGUCAAUGUCGCUCAAGAUAUAAUCAAUGUAGUUGACACUUUUGGUUUUAAUAAAGAUGUCAUGAUGUCAGUCUAGAUCAAGACAUUUACUAUUAUA